AUGUCUUUGAUCUCGCGCCCCGUUAUUUCGAGAAGCGUUGCUUGUGCAUCAAUCAUACAGGAUGGUUGGUCAGCCUACCCUCAGCACUCAAGACGUGCCUCACACCCCAGUAGCUUGUUUCACAAUGUCGCAGUUGCCGUUUCCAGCGACCCAGCAUUAAGUAUAUGCUCUUCCGUUGGCGUUUUUGGCCCAAGCAAUUGGCCCAGGUAUGUUGUACCUUUUGUCGUUAUGGUGUUCCUGGACGACGAUUGGGUAGAGAUCCCCGACGAAAAUGUCCAGGGGCGUACAUAUUUCUGGCACCGCUGGGAGAAUAGGACCAUGUGGCAACUGCCGGAUUGUACCCAGGCUUUGUGGUCGGGUCACAGAGACUCGUGCGGCAGAUUGUACUACUGGAGCCGCUCCACGCAGGAGUCUGUCUGGAACCUCCCAGCCGCUCGCGUGCAAGAUCCAGUGGGCGACGAGGCCGGCAGGGCUGGCGUCGCAGCCGGCGACGCGGGCUCCUCGCGGUGCUCCCGUGGCGCACCCCCGCAGUCGGGCCCGAACACCGCAGGCGCGGCGUCCGCGGCGCAGGAAUGCGAAGGCCGCGAGCUGCGUCAAGCCCGAGAUGGCAGGCUGUACGCCCGCGAGCAGUUCUUAGAGUUCUAUGGAGGUCUGCGGCAGUGGGAUGCCGCGACGCGCCAGGACCAGUUUGUCCAAGGUCGCACAGCGGGAGAUGUUGAUGCUGCCUCCCCAGGCAGGCAGGUGUUUGUCCUGGGGAUGCCGAAGUGCGGCACGACCUCUUUCCAGGAGGCCUUCCUCUCCUGCGGCUUCCGCAGCGUGCACUGGGCGCUCGAGUCGGGGAAGAACCCCCAGCGUGAUACGAAGCUGCGGACGCAGGGUCUGGAGGCAGAGCAGAGGCUGGUGUCACUUCUGCUGCAGCGGGCGCUGGACGAGGGCCUGCCGCCACUGGGCCAUCUGCCGGGGGUCGACGCCAUCUCGCAGAUGGACGGCCUCGUGUGGAGGGGCUCAGAGGUGGUGGGCUCCUUUCCCCAGAUGACGCUGCUGCCAGCGCUGUAUGACGCGUAUCCGAAAGCCCUGUUCAUCCUCAACGUCCGCGACAAACACAAGUGGGCGGAGUCCGUGGCAAGCUGGGUGGACGGCGACAUGAACAAGCGCAUCACCCUGGCCAGUCUGCCGCAGCUCCCGAGUGGGGCGGGCAGCACGCCCGAGGAGCUCGUCGAGUGGUUCGACUGGCACGUCGGCCGCGUCCGCGCCUUCUUCUCCAAGAGGGACCAGGGCCGCUUGCUGGAGUUCGACAUAGAGAAGAGUGACGCCGAGGAGCUCCGCGACUUCCUCGGCUGCCCGAAUCUGGUGUGGGGCGUUCACAAUGCGAGCAGGAAGAAGAAGCCGGCAAAAAGGUAG